AAUCCAUCUACCUCUUUUGCUCUUCCUGUCUGUCUGUCUGUCUCUCUGUCUCUGUCUGUUUUUGUCUGUCUGUCUGUCUCUGUCUCUGUUUGUCUGUCUCUGUCACUUGUUCAACUUUAUUAACAUGACAAGAAUUCUUGUGUUGCCAAACCGUGUGUCCAUGUGUAAAUAUGUAAAUAAAUAGGUAAUUAAUUAAUUAAAAUAACAUCAAUAUUGAUUAGAAAAAAAAGAAAAUUAGAAAAAUUAAUCAGUAUUGAUACUAGAACUAAAAAAGAAAAAAAAAGAACUAAAAAAAGUUGUCUGCACCUUAUCCACUUUUAAAUGAUCCUCUCUCUCUCUCCUCUUCCUCAGGAAGCUGUGGUCAGCGGGCUACCCCAGGCUCUUCCUCUCUUUCUGCCCCCUCGUUCCGGAUGCGGGGAGGCAAGGACAGUGACAUCAAGGAGCAGCCUUGGCAGGCGGCCAUCACAGUGUACCGCCCCCGGUCCCGGGCACACAGCUUCCUGUGUGGGGGGGUCCUCAUCGACUCCUGCUGGGUGCUUUCGGCUGCACACUGCUUCCAGGAAGGUUUUGCGGCAAACAGAGUGCAGGUGAUUUUGGGCCGUACGUUUAGGCUGGAGAACUCCAGCUCUGAGCAGAUAUUUGAAGUGGAAAAGUACUGGAUCCAUGAACAGUACAAAGAUGAGACCUAUGACAAUGACAUUGCCUUGCUGAAGCUGAAGAGUGAGAGUGGCCUGUGUGCUGUCCACAGCCCAGAGGUGCUGCCCGUCUGCCUGCCCGACGCCUCACUCAAGCUGCCCGACUGGACCGAGUGUGAGAUCUCUGGCUACGGCAAAGAGCACGAAUUCUCUCCAUUCUACUCUGAGCGGGUGAAGCAGGGGCACGUGAGGCUAUGGCCCCAGGACCGCUGCGUCUCGGAUAAGCUGGCCGGUCGUGAGGUCACUGCAAACAUGCUCUGUGCUGGAGACACCAGAGGGCUGGACGACGCCUGCAAGGGUGACUCUGGAGGUCCUCUGGUGUGCCCCAGCGACGGGCGGAUGACUCUGAUGGGGCUUAUCAGCUGGGGUGAUGGCUGUGGCAAGCCGGACACACCAGGAGUCUACACACGCGUCACACACUACAUUGACUGGAUCUCCAGCAAGAUGAGGAGCAACUGAGAGCACACACACACACACACACACACACACACACACACACACACACACGCACACACCAACGCACAUACGUCAUGACCUAAGGACGAUCUGACUCCAGGUACACUCAUAGGACAGUCUGCUCAGUAACUGGCCAACAUUAGGUAGCCAGCUCUAACACCCCCCCCCCUCACCC